AAACCGACUCGGAGUGUCGUGCACCGCGCCGCCCGUGCAAAGAUGGCGGCUGAGCUGCAUCCGCGCAGCGGAAAACUGAUCGGUUUGUCGAACUCAAACCGAACCGCUCAGAGAAAUCAGCCGGUACAGGAAUUUAAUCACGGCCUGGUCCUCAGCCGGGAACCGCUGAGAGACCGCGAUGUCUUCACUGUCCGCAUCGACAAAAAGGUAAAUUCCUGGAGUGGUUCUAUAGAGAUCGGUGUGACUGCGCUGGACCCAGCCGGUCUGGAAUUUCCCAGCAGUGCCACAGGGCUGAAGGGAGGCUCGUGGAUCGUGUCGGGCUGCUCAGUGCUGAAGGACGGCCGCUCGGUCCUGGAGGAAUACGGUCGUGACCUGGACCAGCUUGUGGAAGGGGACCGUGUGGGCAUCCAGCGCAAUGGGAAAGGAGAGCUGCAUCUGUGGGUAAAUGGGCAAGACUGUGGCACGGCAGCCUGCGGACUUCCUUCACGCUUAUGGGCUGUAGUGGACCUCUAUGGGAAGUGUACACAAGUGACUGUGGUGAGUUGUGAACCUCCACCUGAAAUGGAAGGGGAAGAUGAGGAGGAUGUGGAGGAGGAGAUCGUGUCGACGCAAGCCGUGGCCGUAACGGCAGAUGCCGGCCGUAGUCACGAUGAUAGGGCUGGAGCUGUUGUGUUGACAGCAACUGGUGCUUCAACAACAGGGAAUAAUGGAUCGCCGGAGGAAGUGCCUGAGGUCGCAAGGAUACACAAUCGGCCAGACAAGUUUCCAAACAACUUUGAGCCUGACAGUGUUUUGACUGAGCACCAGCUAUUUGAUGUUUUCAACAAUGCCAUCGUCUCUCUGUAUCGUUCGGAGGACGAGGGUGGAGAGGACUUGGGGGUAGGAGGCGGGAGCUCUGACUCUUCCAGGGGUGGCACAGGAAAUAACGGAGUAGGCAGAGGAACAGGAAGUGACAGCGGCAUUGGAGGCGGAGUCACAGGUGCGGGCAGUAGCAGCAAUAGCAGCCCGGGAGGGGGCUCCGGAGGGGCGACAGGACUGGGUGUGACCGCUGGCAGCAUGACAACGAAUGAUGCGUUGCUGUUUCACGAGAAGUGUGGCACGCUGAUCAAAUUAAGCAACAAUAAUAAGACGGCAGAGAGGAGGAGACCGCUGGAUGAGUUUAAUAACGGAGUUGUCAUGACCAACCGACCACUCCGACACAAUGAAAUGUUUGAGAUUCGUAUUGACAAGCUAGUGGAUAAAUGGUCGGGGUCUAUUGAGAUUGGAGUGACAACACACAACCCCAAUAAUCUCGACUAUCCUGCAACUAUGACAAAUUUACGCUCAGGCACAAUCAUGAUGAGUGGCUGUGGGAUUUUAACCAACGGGAAAGGGACCCGUCGGGAAUACUGUGAAUUCAGUCUGGAUGAACUCCAGGAAGGAGAUCACAUAGGUCUGAUGAGGAAAGCAAGUGGAGCUCUGCACUUCUACAUCAAUGGCAUUGAUCAAGGUGUUGCAGCCAGUCAGACUCCUGGUGUAGUGUAUGGAGUGGUGGAUCUCUAUGGCAUGGCUGUUAAAGUCACCAUUGUCCACAACCAUAAUCACAGUGACCGUUUACGGCGCAAUAAUGCCAUCAUGAGGGCGCUUUCCCCCGACGUGGGCCGACCCAGGCCUGCUCUCUCAAUGACCCCCGAACCUGAUAUCUCUGAUCGCUUGCUUUUUCAUUCUAACUGUGGGCAGAAGGCUGCAAUCAUCAGUGAGGGCCGGACUGCUUUACGACCUCAUGCGACGGAUGAUUUUAACCACGGUGUUGUGCUUAGCAAUCGUCCCUUACACUCCAAUGAGGUUUUCCAGGUGCGCAUUGAUAAAAUGGUGGACAAAUGGGCGGGAUCUAUAGAGAUCGGCGUGACAACUCAUAACCCCGCCUAUCUUCAGCUACCAUCAACCAUGACCAACCUGCGCUCAGGAACCUGGAUGAUGACGGGAAAUGGCGUUAUGCACAAUGGCACCACAAUUCUUGAUGAAUAUGGGCACAACUUGGACCGCUUGAAAGCUGGGGAUACAGUUGGAGUUGUACGUAAGGAAGACGGGAGUUUGCAUUUCUUUGUGAACGGAGUGCCUCAGGGCCCCGCGGCCUGGAACGUUCCACCCAAUGUGUAUGCAGUUGUGGACCUUUAUGGACAGGCUGCCCAGGCCACCAUUAUGGAUGAUAUGGCUGAUCUUCCUCCCCUGCCCGACGAUUGUUCUGAGGGUCCCACUGCCAUGUCUCCUGGGAGCCCGUGUUCAAUCUCCGGUGCCACAGCUGCCAAUGACCUUCGUUUUCAUCAGCUGCACGGCACCAACGCGGUCAUCACCAACGGUGGCCGGACAGCACUUAGGCAAAACUGCCGCAGCGAAUUUAAUGACGCCAUUGUUAUUUCUAACAGGUUCCUUCGAGAUGGAGAGCUUUUCGAGAUUGUAAUUCAAAAGAUGGUGGAUCGGUGGUCAGGCUCAAUAGAAGCAGGAGUGACAGCGAUCAGGCCAGAUGAAUUGGAGUUCCCUAAUACAAUGACUGACAUCGACUAUGACACAUGGAUGCUGAGUGGCACUGCGAUCAUGCAGGACGGGAACACCAUGAGAAACAACUACGGGUGUGACCUGGAUUCCCUGACCACAGGUUCGAGGAUUGGGAUGAUGCGUACAGCAUCCGGAGACCUGCAUUACUACAUCAAUGGGGUUGAUCAGGGUGUAGCUUGUACUGGGCUACCUUCAGAAGUGUAUGCUGUGAUUGAUCUGUAUGGUCAGUGUGUGCAAGUGUCAAUUACGAGUUCAUCCGGGCCACUAGAUAACAGUCUGUGUACCAGCAACAUCACAGAGAAGAGCUUCCCUAUACACUCGCCAGUGGCUGGGGUCGCUCAUCGCCUGCAUAGCAAACAUGGUAAGAACGUGGUUUUAUUGGGAGAUGGUUGCCAAGCACUGAGGGUCGGAGGAUAUGCACAUGGGAUUGUCUUCAGUGCCAAGGAGCUCAGAACAGACGAGCUGUUUGAGGUGAAGAUUAACAAAGUCGAUGAGAGAUGGUCUGGUUCGCUUCAUGUGGGUUUGACCACCCUGCAGCCCCCAGACCUGCCAUCGUGCCCUCUCAGUGGGCUCUCACCUUCUCUUACCCAGCUCAGGUCGAAGGUCACCUGGGUCCUCGCCGGCUCUGAGGUCAGACGCAAUGGAGUGCUGCAGAAACAAAACUAUGGCUGCUCUCUGGACCGGCUCACGGUGGGAAAUCGUGUUGGAGUAAAGAGAUGCAGUGAUGAUACCAUGCAUAUUAUUAUUGAUGGAGAAGACAUGGGACCAGCCGCCACCGCAGUGGCAAAGAAUGUGUAUGCCGUUUUGGACCUGUAUGGAAAGGUGACGGCCAUUUCCAUCGUCAGCUCUACUAUGGUCGAGGACGCAGAGAGCGUAAAAGCUCCCUCGCUCUCAUCUGACAGCUGCAGCGAGGGAGAAGAAGAUAACACUCCUGUCAGAGAGUGUGAGAAUGAACCUCCGUUGGUGCCCACGGUCAUGACAUUUUUGGAGAAUCAUGGAAAAAAUAUCCAGCUGUCCAAUCAGAACCUGACUGCCGCCCGAGUGUCUAGCUACAACCAGGGACUGUUGGUCACAGCGCAAGCUUUGCCCCGCCAACAACUCUUCCAGUUCCAGAUAGACCGCUUGAAUCCAUCAUGGACAUCCUCGCUGUCUCUGGGUGUAAUUGGUCAUUCACCAGAUCGCCUCAACUUCCCUUCCACAGCCUGUUGCCUUAAACGCUCAGUCUGGCUUCUGCAACGAGACUCGGUUUUCCACAACUCACUAAAGAUUUGUGAGAACUAUGGUCCUAACCUGGACACCUGUCCAGAAGGGACUGUUUUGGGGCUGUUGGUGGACAGCAGUGGCUGUCUCCACUUGUAUGUUAACGGCAUGGAUCAGGGCGUGGCAGCCCAGGACAUCCCCAGUCCCUGUUAUCCAAUCAUUGACCUUUACGGCCAGUGCGAACAGGUGACUAUAGUGAUGAACCAAGUGCCGGUGGAUGGUGAGGAGAGAGGGGAUAUGCGAUGUCAAGGCGACAUGGAGAAGGCUGAUAUGGUGGAUGGCAUCAAAGAAAGUGUGUGCUGGACGCCGCCUCCGGAGGUGAACCCAAAUAAGAUCUGCGAGUAUCAGGCACUCUGCUCGCGAUUCAAAGACCUGCUCACUCUGCCCGACGGAUACUUUAAUGAAGAUGCAAAGUAUAACCUGUGUUACUGUGAGUCCUGUCACAAACUACGCGGGGAUGAGGCCUAUUACAAGCGAGGGGAGCCUCCCAGAGACUACGCCCUGCCAUUCGGCUGGUGUCGUUUCGCGCUUCGCAUAAAAACGCACUGCGAAGUGUCCAACACCUUCAAGAAGUGGCACAUUGCAUAUCACGGCACAAGUGUCGGCUCACUUAGACGCAUCUUGGACCACAACCAACUCUUGUCAGAAUCGUCGUCUAUUUUCUCUUCGUCCUCGGUAAAGACUGAAGGUCAUGGCAGCUACGGGGAGCCAGAGGAGAACAGCGCCCCAGAGCGGGAGAUCCCCCGCGUGCAGCUUUCUCCAACUAUGCGCUACUCCGGCCUGGAGGCCUUUGCUCCCAAAGUGCAAUUCCGGGACCCACGUUCCCUCCGCUGUCACCAGGCGCAGGUGGGCUUCCAGGUGUGCGUGCGGCCGGGCUCUUACAAAGCAGGGCCGACGUCGCUAGGAAUCAGCGAGCCCCUGGAUCCCCGAUUCAGCAACGCAGAGAUCGAAUGGAUCACCAAGGAGAAAGGAGGCACGCUGCUCUACGGCCUCCUCAUACGGGUGGAGUAGGAAAAAUCUCUAUUCCCCGAACUCACAAACUCCAAUAUCAACCAAAUUUUAAGCGCUGACUCUCGGGACGCCUCGUAUCGUUUCGCUUCCCAGGCUCAAAUGUCUCUGCAUGUUGUUUCAGACAUACUUUGUUUUUGUUUUGUUUUUUUUGAAGAAGAAGGGUGAUGAUAUUCCCCAUGGACAAAACACUGCCUGCACUUUAUGUUUCAGACACUGGUGGGCGAAUUUUUGUCUUUCCCAUUAAAUUCACUCAGCAGGCCGUCACCUCUUUUUUGCCGUCUCUUCAUCUUUAAAUAAACGUGUUGCCCCUGCAGUUUUUGCUCUACAGAAGCUAACUGGACUGAACAAACACAAACCACCUAUUCAUAGCACAACCAUGGAUUUAUAUUUGUUUGUUUUUGUAACUUGCAAUAGACAAAUCAACCUGGAAUUAACAAAGAGACCUGUUUUAAAGAAGACCAAACGACAAUGUCAAGAAACUCACAACCACAGGGGAAAACACUGUUUAUAUCAUCGAUUUUGUCGUUUCACAGAUUCAACCCUAUAUUUGGUUUUCAUUAUAGCUGUGUAUUCAUUCAGAAUUGACAGGCGGGAGAAAAAAAAUUGUGUUUUAGGAAACAUGCAAAGUGUACACUUAACAAAGACAGGAAGGAAGGAUGUGUAAUGUGUGGAAUCCUUUUAAUGCUGAAUGUAAAUGCACAGAUAUAACUACACCUUGUGUGGGGUGGGAAUUUUUAAAAGGAUAGUUCACCCAAAACUGAAUGCUGGUUUAAGUUUCAUAUGUUUAACAAAAUGUUUUUAUUCAAUAUAAUGAAGGUAAAUAGGGGCUGCAGUGGUCACCAUUUACUUUUAUUGUGUAGAAAAAAAGCCACUUAGACAUUACAGGAUAACUCCUUUGUGCUCCAAUUUUCAUUUUUGGAUGUACUAUUCCUUCUAAGAUUUUCCCUGUCUGAGGAUAACUUGGUGUGAGAUUAACGGCAACGAAGAUUGUGUGUGUACAAACCUGGUCAAAUGCAAUCUAAUAAGACCUGAAGAAGAGAGUUCAUUAAGCUUAAAUGUAUUUAUGACGUGUGUCCUCUUAUAAAUGCAAAUCCUUGUUAUCUUUACAUUAUGUCAUAUAUUAUUUGAACUGUCACCUGUGGAAGUUCUGAUGCAUUAUGAUAAAGUGGUUCACUUCUUGGAUGUUGUUUACACGUGGGUUACGUUCUGCCCCUUUCCUCUGUUACCAUAUAAUAUAUGCUGUUAACGUAAAACAAGCCCAUUCGUUUACAUUCUGUAGUAUAAAAAAAUGACAUUUAUUGGUGGCAUGUAACAGAAUAGAAUUGAAAGGUCUUUUUAAUGUUCUGCAUUCAACAUCCUGCUUAACAGGAAGUACUGUUUAUUCAGGCUGUCCUGUUGAAAGCUCACGAGGAAUUGAAGCUAUCUUCUCGAUUACCUGGGCCCAAGAUUGGUGUUUACACUGUGAAUGUGACUUGUUUUUAAUAUUGUUUACUUCAUGUUAGACAUGUUGCCAUUUUUUGUUGUAUUCUCUUAUGAGUAAGAUUGCACAAAUCUAAGCCCUUGCUUGAAAAACUAAAUCAGCUCUCUCCUGAGUGUAUCUAGACGGUACCCUCUCUCUCUUUCUCUCAAGACAUAUCUGUCCAUAUAUUUGAUUUUCUUUGGUUGCCAAGAUGACAUACUUGAGUGCUUAUUUUACAUUAGCAAUCCUGCUUUAUUGCCAAGGGCGAUGUCUGAAUUGAAUGCUUGCGAUGUAAAUCAAAAAAAAUGUGAAACCACAGGGUUCAUGUUUGGCCCAUUGCUGCUUUAUCUGUCAUUUGUAUUAGUUUACGUUUGUGUUAUUUUAAUGUCUUUGUGUUGUACAGCCUGUUACAUAACACUAACAUUACCUUCAUGGUUUGUAAGAAAAUAAAAACCAAAAAAAAGAGACAGUUAUGCACAACAUAUAGAA